AUGGCGUCUGAGCGGGGCCGACUCCUGGCAGCCGGACCCAGGCCAAAGCAUCCCAGCGCUCGCAGACGGACGCGGGAGCAGCUGCUUCUAAACGGGCUUUUCUGCCAGAUGUCUCGGCACCGAGCCAUGACCCCCGAAAGGAUCCCGCCAGGUCACCACAUCUCUGCCCUUGCCCUUCCCUCACUUAUUAAGAGUCCUCCCGGCUGGGAGAUUGGGAUCUACGUCACUGGGGCCCUCGCCUUGCUGGGGGUUGCUGCUGUGAACCUGUGGAAGCUCUGUAAGUCGGGCAGCUUCCCCAUCCCAUCUCCGUUCCCAAACUACGACUACCGGUACCUGCAGAAGAAGUACGGAGUGACCUACUCUGAAGCCAGGCAGAAGAGAACCAUGGCCUGGAGCAGCCGCAAGGGUAACGAGCACGGGUCUCCCAGCCGCAAGAGCAGCCUGCGCAUGGAUGAUGCUUUCGAGAGCAUCAGGGAGCUGGACCUCCCCGCCGAGGGAGCUCUCAAGAAGUCCCUGUCGGCCGACUCUCUCAACUCCAUCUCCUCCGUGAACAACAGCUUCGGCCAGGACUUCGUGCUGGGCCAGGUGGAGGUGAGCAUCCACUACGAGCCCAGCAACCGCAUGCUGCGCGUCGUGGUGCUCCAGGGCAAGGACCUGCUGGAGAAGGAAGACCCCGCCUUUGACUCCUGCUUCCUGCGCGUCAGCCUGGUGCCCGAGGAGCAGAUCGUGGGCAUCUCCCGGAUCCAGCGAACCGCGUACUCCAUCUUCUUCGACGAGAAGUUUGUCAUCAGCGUGGACCCCGCGGUGCUGGAGGAAAGCAGCCUGCGCUUCUCUGUCUACGGCAUUGACGACGACGACCGCAAUGUCAUGACCGGCGUGGUCGACCUGAAGCUCUCUGUCCUGGAGCUGCCCCUGCAGCCCUUCUGUGGCUGGCUCUACCUGCAAGACGUGAACAAGGCCUCAGAUUCCGUGGGGGAGAUCCUGCUGUCUCUCAGCUACCUGCCCACCGCCGAGCGGCUCACAGUGGUGGUGGUGAAGGCCAAGAACCUCGUCUGGACCAACGAAAAGGCGACCGCCGACCCCUUCGUCAAGGUCUACCUGCUGCAAGAUGGGAGGAAGAUAAGCAAGAAGAAAACCGCUGUCAAGAGGGACGACGCUCACCCCGUGUUCAACGAGGCCAUGAUCUUCUCCGUGCCGGCCAUCGUGCUACAGGACCUGUCCCUGAGGGUGACCGUGGCCGAGUGCUGCAGCGACGGGCGGGCCGAAAACAUCGGCCACGUCAUCAUCGGCCCUCUGGCCAGCGGCAUGGGCAUCACCCACUGGAACCAGAUGCUGGCCACCCUGCGCAAGCCUGUGUCCAUGUGGCACCCUGUCCGGCGAAACUAGAGCCCCGCUGCUGCAGCUGGGGGCCACGUGCCGGCGACCCCUGCCCGGAACCCCUCCCCCCCGGUUCCGGCCCGGACUCUGCUCUC